GGCGAUUUGUUUUCUUUUUGGCCAGGUAAUUAGCCGCAAAAACAGUAAUAAUAUUAGUAAUACUAGUGCAGUGAUUAUUGUUCACGGUCGGCGCCUGCCUGUCGUGCAACUACGCACCACGUUACAGUUGCCUCUGUGCCGCCCGCGGAGAGAAAGAGGCGGCCGUUGAAAAAUCGAAGCGAGAGAGCCAAUUGGAAAAGCAAUAACAACCUGCAACAACGCACUUGGCUCUCUCUCAAAAUAAACAGUCUUGAUAAGGACAAUAAAGUGCUUUGUGUGCGAAAAAAGUGCCAAUCUUGAGAGGGAAUUAGUAAUACACAAACCCUGCCUUCGGACUCUUCGAUCAUUCUUUGUGCUUCUCCAGAAUCUGCAGGUGACACAAUGUGCAGCAGGGAAAAGGAUACGCCGGCGACUGCAAGUCGCGGAUACAAACACCAGUGGCUGGCUUGCCUAGCUUUGUUGCUGUGCCUGAGCUGCCGCGGGAGCUAUGCCGCUGACGCAGUUGAUCAGCUGAAAUUUUCCACCCAGGAAUGCAAACUUAAAGAACCCAUAUAUGGCAGUACCUUUGACUUUAGUGGCCUCCACUCGGAUCUGGGUCAUGUGGUGGAGAGUCCCAUAAUUCCCGGCGAUAAAUUUGAGUUUAAUAUAUGCGGAAAUCUCUCGCGAACCUGCAAUGGUGAGAGCAAUGUGGCAGCCUGCCUCAAGAAACAGGGCAAGGAGUAUAUCCUAGGUCGCCAGCAUGAGCUUUUCUACAGGAAUGGCAAGAUGUAUCUGGAGUACAAGAGUGGCGUCAAGUGUGAGAAUGGCACUGCCGAGAAACCAAACUACCAGCUUCAUGUUAUUCUCAGCUGCGACUACACCCUAGAUGCCCAGCCCAUGCAUGUUACGUCCUAUGCCGACGAUACUUGCUCGUUCUACAUUUUCUACGAGACCCCGCUGGCCUGCCUUCGCAUACCCGAUGCCCUGCAAUCCAAUAGUUGCAGCGUCCGGGACACCACGUCGAAUGGAACCUUUGAUUUGAUGCCUCUGAGUGAUAGUAACUAUCGCACCAGCAAUCGCCAGGACGCAUUCUUUGUGAUCAAUGUCUGUAAGCCUGUUCUUUAUGGCGAAAACAGCAUGUGUCCUCCAGGCAGCAGCGUGUGUCUGUUCAAUCCCAAAGCCACGGAUAUGAAGCAGCGUUUCAUCAAUUUCGGAAAUGUACAGUCGCGUCCGGUGGUCGAAAACGGGCAGCUUCUGCUUAGGCAUGAGUCACCCACGCCCUGUGCCAAGAAUGCCAGCGCCAACUAUACCAGUGUGAUUUACUUUAGCUGUGACAAGUUUAUACGAAAUGCCCAUCCGGAGUACGCGGGCCUGGGAGCCGACUCCUGCACCUACCAGUUCAACUUUGUCACCCCUUUGGCCUGCAACGAUCUCGAACCCUGUACGGCUUUCACCUCCACAAAUGAGCUAUUGGAUCUCAGUCCGCUGAGCUCGAAGCCAGACCGCACUUUGAUUAAGGAUGGCCGAAACUAUACAAUUGCAGUGUGCGCCCAUGCUGGGAGCCCCUGCCAGGAAAAUGGCGGCGCCUGCUACGAACAGAAUGCCACAACCAUCAGCCUGGGCAACUUCAACUCGCAGCUGCGAUUCAAUCAGAGCGGCUCGCUCUAUUUGCUCUACGAGGACGGUGCCGAGUGCCCCUCAGCGGCGGGUGGAACCAGGCGCUGGUCAACGAAAAUCGAGUUUGUCUGUGCGAACAAUGCCACCAAGGACAAUGCGGCAGCUGGAGCUGGAACUGGAGGCGGCGAUUCUUUGAAAAUAAUUGAGGACUCCAAUUGCCAGCUGUUGAUCCAAUAUCAGACGCCGCUUGCCUGCCGUGAGCCGAUUAAGUGCAAGGCCACUAUCUAUGUGGACCACACGGCGGAGGGACUGGGGAGCAGCGGCGUCGAGCUGAUCGAUCUAACGCCAUUGAUUAGCGACAGCGACAACUACGAGGCUCGGGUGGAGCUGCCCGCCAGCAUGGAGCACCUGGUGCCCAAAGCGACCAAGUUCUUUUUGAAUGUGUGCCGUCCAUUAGUGCCCAAAUACCAAUUAGGCUGUGCCGGCGGAUCUGCUGCCUGCAUGGCCAAAGUGACGUCCGACGGCGCCCCCGAGGAGGAGCGUAGCAUGGGAUUUCCGCUGGUCUCGCUGUCGCAAAGGAAUCGCACCUCCGCCGAGCUGCUGUACUUGAAGGGUGAUCCCUGUCCGUGGGACAACAGCACGGAACUGUCCACGAAAAUGCUUUUCAACUGCAACAUGCGUGCGGGUCGGGGGCAACCAGUGCUGCGUUCGAUCGAUGACUGCACCUUCAGAUUCGAGUGGGAGACGAAUAUCUUUUGCCCGCCGCACGAGUGCACCUUCAGUGCGGACACCUGCGAACUGGUGCACGAUGAACUGGGCCAUCGUUUCAACUUUAAGAGUGCCCCCUUCACCAACGAAGGCAAGAUUCAGAUCGACUACAAAGCCACGAAGAUGUGGGUAAAUAUUUGCGGAGCUCGCCGCAAGGCAAUGACGGACUAUUCACAGUCGCUGGUCAACAUAUUCUUCACACACGAGUCGCCUAAUUGCGGCAAGGAAGUGCGAGUGUUAGAGCAGGAUAGCAACACAAAUUCUAAGAAGCGCAAUUUUUCUCAGAAGAUGGAAAAAGGAAAGAGAAACAUAAUACCUUUUAACGGGGAAAAGUAUUCUAUAUGGAAGUUUAGAGUUAGGGCUUUAUUAGAGGAAAACGAGUUGCUGAAAGUAAUUGACGAGAAACCAAGUGAUGAAGAAAGUGAGGAAGUGAAGCGAGCAGAGAGAAAUGCAAAGAGUCUUAUAAUAGAAUAUUUGAGUGACUCUUUUUUAGUGUUUGCCAAUAAUGGGAACUCGGCUAAGGAGAUUUUUGAGAAUUUGGAUAAUAUUUACGAGCGUAAAAGCCUGGCAUCUCAACUUUCAUUACGCAAACAAUUACUGGCUUUAAAAUUGAAGGGUGACUCUCCGCUAGUCAACCAUUUUCGUUUAUUUGAUGAUUUGGUUACUGAGUUAGUUGCAGCGGGAGCGAAAAUAGAUGAAAUGGACAAAGUGUCUCAUUUGCUGCUAACACUUCCAACUAACUAUGAUGGAGUAAUAACAGCGAUAGAAACUCUCUCUGAGCACAGUUUAACAUUAGCAUUCGUAAAGACUCGGCUUCUUGAUCAUGAAAUUAAACUAAAAGGAGUUGGCAAGGACACAAGUGCAAAAGUGUUGCAGGCUAUAGGCAAUCGAGAGCCUAGGGAUAGCACAAACAAAAACAAAAAAUUAAAAUUUGUGAAGAAACAAUUUCCGAAUAAGAUAAAGCCUAAGCUGAAGUGUUUUCAUUGUGGCAAAUUAGGCCACAUGAAGAAAGACUGUUUCUUCUUAAAAAGGCAGGCAGGAGGCAACCAGAAUAUUCAUGCUCAGAGUAAUGUUAGAGAGAGACAGGCCCAGAUGGCAACAGCAACGCAGCCAGAACGCUCGUUUGCAUUCAUGACGAACCUAGCUGUUAGAGAGAGACAGACUCAGAUGGCAGCAGCGCAGCCGGACUGUGCUUUUGCUUUUAUGAUGAAAUUAGCUAAUUCCAGUGAACAGACAGACGGCGUAGAUUUUAUAUUAGAUUCAGGGGCGUCAGAUCACAUAGUAAACGACAUAACUUUAUUUUCUGAGUAUGAGAAUAUAAAUCCGAGUGUAGCGAUUGAGAUUGCAAAGCGUGGAGAAUUUGUGUAUGCUACUGCGAAAGGACUAGUUAGUCUUAACAGUUCCGGGAAAAACAUUACAUUACAAAAUGUGCUGUAUUGCAAGGAAAUCCCGCACAAUUUACUAUCCGUGAAAAAGAUGCUAGAUGCUGGAAUGUCCGUCGAGUUUAAUCCGGAUGGUAUAAAAGUAAUCAAAGACGGUAACUUGGCAUUUGAAGGGUAUUUAUAUUUCCACAGAUUUCCAAUUGGCUGAUAUUUUAACGAAGCCACUACCAACAGCUAGAUUCACUGCACUGCGAGACCAACUGGGGCUAAUUGGACCUUUAGCCUGAACCUUUAUAUGGAGUUUCUUUUUAAACCAAGACAAACUGGAUCUCUUGGCAUAUAUAUAUAUAUAUAAUUAACCAUAAUCAAACCAAAAUAAUUCCUAGUCUAACCACUGCUGUUUAUAUAUAUAAGUGAAUCAUGUUAAUUUAUGUUUUUUGAUUGAUCUGAUUGGGUUUUACUGGGUUUCCCCAAUUCUUUGCAGCAAAUGCUGGAUCAGAAAAGAAAGAGACCCCAGAGAAAGAGAGAAAGAGAAAAAGAAAAGAAAAGAAACUACAACCAUUUGAAUAUGCACUCACUCGUAUAAAAUUAUGUUUUUGUUAAUCCGUAAUUUGUAUCAGUGUAACUUUUGAGGUGGCGUGUUGAAAAUACCAAAAGUCACAGUGAUUAAAAUCCCAAAAAGAAGGUCACACUUAUCUAAUUCCUUUUUGGCUUCCUUUCGUAUGCUCAUGCGUACCCGAAUUUAAUUGCUUAAAGAUAACGAGAGCGUGCGGUUGUGAAAAAUAAAGAAGUUUAAUUAACUAAAUCUA